UACUAUGGGUACAAGGCGAUGCUAUACUUACGUAUAUAGAUAAAUACAUAUUUAUAUACAUAUGAUUACGUUCAGUUAAGAAAAUACCAUACGUUUUUGUAACUCAGGAAAAGAUUUUUUUAGGACGGUGAAAUUGCGCUUAAAUUGUACAGAAUAGGGAACUUUAUCGGAAAAAAAAAUGAAAAAUGAUUUUAUUAUUGCACACACAAAAAUGGGUUAAACAGUGGUGAAUAUACACUAAGUUGAGGUUGCAUGCAUAGAGCGAUACUUUUAUAAUAAACCGUUCUUUUAUAAUCUAUUCAUUAAAAUCCAAAUCUGACAAAAUAAAAAUUGACCCAAAUACAAACGUACAAAUAUUACAUAAUUAGAUGUGAAUAUUGAACGUUUUUUUUUGUCAGAAUUUUUUUUAUGGGUUCGUGGAUUUAGAAGCUUUAUUUUUGAGCUUUUACUUAUUUUGAUAAUAAUAUAGGUACCUUACAGUUCAUUAAAGUGUCAAAAUGGUGUCUACGUAUUAGUUUCGGACAUGCACAUGUCUUUCAAAUUUCCAGAACACCAUUGUUCCGUGACGUAGAUAUAGGUACUUACUGCUGGUGGCCCCACAGCUGGUGACACCCUAGGUUAGGUUUUUUGUAUUUUUUUUUUCCUUUUUGUAUUUUUAUAUAUUAUAAAUAAAGAGAAAUAUAAGUACCUAAAGUACUCAACAUUCACGUCAUGCUAAAAUUACCUAACUCAUUAUUUACAGAUUAAGCAUUAAGUUUAAAAAAUGAAUUAGGUAUAUACUAACAAUAGCCGUUUAUCCACGCAUUUUAGCUGUGUUAUAUUACUCAAUUUUAUGUUUUAAACCUAUGCAAAUAUUUUUAUUACUCACACGAGUAAAGUAUUUAGUUCAAGUUGCAGUAAUUCACAGCGGAAUGUCAUCUCGUUCGAAUCUGGCGAAGUGAGGAGUGCCUUACAGAAGACCACUAUCAUAACACUGCUUCUUACUCCGUAGCAUUAUGUUUCUAAAGGGUACACAGAUGUUCAGAAAGCGGUGGUACGUGCUGGUAGCCGCCGGUCUUUGUGCGCUAUACUUCUACUGUUCACUGGACAACUCGCUGCCGCGCUUGGGGGGGCCUCGAAGAUUGGAUAUCCCAGUUGCCCCGUCUGUACCACUUUCGAAUGCAAUCGAAGAUGACGAUAAACUACUGGGUACUGAUAUAAAAAACAGAACUGCUAUUAUCGAAUUCUUAGAGAAGAAGUUACAGAAAGCCCUAAAAUGGGACAAAGGGACGGGCUGCAAGAUCCCAAAGCUGGACCCCUACUCCGACGAUAUGGCAUGGUCUUACAAGAAACUGGGACCUCUGAAAUGCAAGGGACAAGAUUGGGUAAAAUGCUAUCAUUCAAAUUGCCGCGUCAUAGACUCUAUAAGAGACACACACACAAACAUCCAGUGCGAAUACAAAGACAUUAUCUACAAAGACGAUUUCCACUACGACUUUGGGAAACCUACUACAGUCAAAGAUGGCGACGUACACCAACUGUCAGCCAGUGAUCACGUCAGUGUGUCCUGUACAGGAACUGUGCCAAGUAUGGGAAAUACUGAAAAAUGGUCAGGCAACACGCUCGGUUUCCGGCCUCUCUCCCCUCCGGCCAAACCUCUGGACGAUCAGAUCAACGUGAUGAUCCUCGCGUUCGACUCCACACCUCGGAGCGGCUUCAUCAGACUCAUGCCGGAGAGCUGGAAGGUGAUUAACGAGGAGUUGAAGGCUACGGUCAUGGAAGGGUACAAUAUACUAGGUGACGGGACACCUGCCUGCCUGUUUCCGUUCCUUACUGGGAAGACAGAGCUAGAACACCCUGAUGUCCGGAGAACUAAAGAAAACAAGAGGACUUUGGAUGACUUCCCUUUCAUAUUCAAGCAUGUAAAGGAAGAAGGAUAUACCACAGCAUACAUGGAAGACAUGCCCCUCGACAACACAUUCACGUUCCGUUUCAACGGCUUCACGAAGCCACCGACCGAUCAUUAUUACCGCGCGUUCCGAAACGCCAACUCGCGACUGUUUAAAGGCUGGAACUUCUGCUACGGAGAUACCCCUCAGUUUAAGAUGAUGAUGAAUUUGACAGAGCAGUUUCUGGAGCUCGGAGGAAGGCGAUUCAUCUUCACGUUCAUCGGGGACAUUUCUCACGACAAUUUCAACUACAUACAGUACGCUGACGGAGACUUAGCGGCUUUUUUGAGGCGUAUGAGCAAACGCACCGAGGAUACGCUUAUUAUAGUCAUGGGAGAUCACGGGCCUAGAUACGCAGCAGUCCGCAAGAAGCACUCCCUCCGCGGCAAACUCGACGAACGCCUCCCGCUCCUGGCCAUUCGCCUACCAGACAAACUCACGCGCGCACGCCCCGAUGCGUUAAGCGCGCUUCAAUCUAAUUCACGCGUACUGACUACUGCACAUGAUUUACACGCGACUAUAUUGGAUGUGUUGGGAUUGAGGAAGCACUGGAACCCGUAUAAGGUGGAGGAAGCGGAUUUAAAGAGGGGAUUGACUUGGCUGGAACCGAUCCCCAACACCCGCUCCUGCAGCGAAGCCGGUAUCGAGACGCACUGGUGUACGUGCCUGGUGUGGCAGAAUGUGUCCGACUCGGAUCCAAUGUACAACAGGACUGCUAAUACCCUGAUAGACUACAUCAACAAGUUUACAAGCGAUGCUGGAUCCAAAUGCAUCCCGCGUACCGUAGCGUCUACAAAUUGGGUGCUCCGACAGCGAGUCAACAAUCGUCUUCUGGCUUUCAAUACCGCUAUAGAUUACGAUACGUACUUGGGACGGUUCAACGCCAAAACACAAGUCACUAUAGAGAACUUUCAGAUAGGAAUAGAGUCAAACCCAGGAGGCGCGGUAUACGAAGCAUCCCUGACCUACAAUGUUAAAGAGGAUAAGUUCGUAGUACAGUCCAGGGAUAUCUCAAGGGUGAACGCUUACCGGGGCGAAUCGGAUUGCAUCCUCGACUCACACCCACACCUCGCCGCGUAUUGCUACUGUAAAGGCUGACGAACACUAAAGUGAUGUUAACAAAUCGAAACUUAUUUUUCUCUAACGGGGCUUUCCAUGAGUUGUCCCGUACGUACAUCGGCAAUUUUCGAAAAAAAGUGUACAUGUAUUUUUUUAAACCUAACAAAUUUUGGGUUAUUUCUACUCUUAAUCAAGAGCACUAUCGAUUUAAGCAAUAAAAAAAUUAUCCCACUUUUAAUUGUCAGUUUUGUAACGCAGUUAACUAUACAUGUUGUAUGGACCGUUAUAAAACUGACUAAUAAAUAUUGUAUGGAAAAUUAAGCACAGUAGAAUAAAUAAAUAGUUUACCACGAAAUGCUCCCGCCUCAGCAUUAAUGCUAACCCAAAAGUCAGCGCUGAUCUUCCGGCUAGACCAUUUGUGGGUCACGAACAACGAAGUAACUAAUUAAUAAUCUGUGGUCACGAACGCAGCUGUACGACACGGCAUAAAACUGAACGCGACUUUGCGGCGGUGAAAGAGCGGCGAUCAACGCCAUCUAGUCUGCCGGCGAGACGUCAUGAUGACAAAAAAGGCCAUGUCGUACGCCUGCUGAUAGAUAUAGAUAACAAUGUUAAUAAGACCAUUCGUUAGUUUAUUACUAAUAUUAUAUUAUAAAAAUUGCUACUUAUUAUGGUAGAUUCUAUCUGAGAUAUGUAAUAUACAUGACAUGUUAUGCCUUAUGCGUAUAUGUUAUUUUAAAUUGUAGACAAAAACCAUCACGCGCGUUAGUACCAACGUUCAAAAACAGAGCUUGGAUUUCAAAAUUGGGCAUUUCUAUUUAAAGUUGUACCCACAAUUUGCAUUUUAGAUGUAGGAAUUUUUAUAUUAUUUUUUAUAUAUUCAGAACCACGAGCUCUUUCGAUCCUAACCGAGAAAAAAUCGGCCCAGUGCGUGUUCCGUACCAUUAUCUAUAAAAACGGUCA